CUCGGCAACCCCUAGGCUAUUGUUUUCGGAGAAGCGUGUGAUGCUGCAGCCUUUCCCCUUAUUUUUCCUUCAUUUCUUUACCCAAGCUAUUAGACCCUACAGCUAGUUUCUGCUGCUUCUACAUGCCCAUUUGGAUUUGGAUAUCGGUAGCGGGCGUUUCAUAUAGUAAUAUGGCUUCCGCUCCACUGUGGGCACCAUUCUUGGGAUUAAUGGGAUGUAGUUCAGCAAUGAUAUUUUGUGCCUUGGGCGCCGGAUAUGGUACGGCUCUCUCUGGCAUGAGUAUAUCAUGCAUUGCGGUCUCUCGUCCGGAUAUAGUUAUGAAAACCAUAAUACCGGUCGUCAUGGCGGGGAUCAUUGCAAUAUAUGGUCUGGUUGUUUCAGUUUUGAUUGCACAAAGGAUUGAUGAUAACUAUACACUAUUUAUGUGAGUGUAUUCCCUUCUGUGUAAUCCUGGCAGGUCGAUCAAUGAUCUAGGCGCUGGGCUGAGCGUCGGCAUCAGUGGGCUCGCAGCUGGAUAUGCAAUUGGGAAAGUUGGGGACGCAGGAGUGCGAGCGACUUCGAAGCAACCUAGGAUGUUUGUUGGUAUGGUGCUAAUACUGAUUUUCGCGGAAGUACUUGGUCUAUAUGGAUUGAUAGUAGCUCUCAUUCUUUCGACAAAGUGAAUCAUCUCUUCAUGUCCAAAUAAUUUUACAGAAGCAUAAUAACCAUCCCUUUUUCUUAUUUAUGAGUGAUUAUUAACCUUAUGUCCUCAGUACUGAGUUGUUUUCCUAAUGUUAGAUGCUGUGUAUCUAUUGUGGGCUCGUUUGUCUUUUUGUUUCAACGUUGAUCAUGGACAGGUAGCUUAUUGUUGACCGACAUGGCUAGUAGAAUCAGAUAUCUAACUUAGUCUCAGUACUAAGUUCAUCUUUAGAGGAUGCUUCUAGUUUUUAUUCUUCAUACGGGGAUUUAUGUCGUAUGUCAAUCGAAAGAUGUGUAGUUCUUGCGAGCAACAUCUGAUCAGUUGGCUUUUUAACUAUGUUUUCUGGAGAAAGCCCUGUAUUAUUGGUUUAGUUGCUCAAAAACUUCACGUGGUUAUCCAUGUGCUUGUGCGGUACACAUUUAGCAUGAGAUAAAACACUUGCGAAAAUGGGUGUUACGUUUGCUUUGUUUUUUGGGUUGUACUAUGACAACAAAGUUGGAAGAAAUCUUCGAAGUACAAAAGGGUGAGAUGGUAGUACUACCAACCGUAUGAGAUUCAUCAUUGAGCUGCCGCUCUGUGAUAACCAGCGUUCCUGACUGGAACCAUCCUAUUUGUUGGAGCGUGCACGGGGAACUAAAACACUUAGUGAUCAGAAUAGUUGGAAUACAAUUAUGAUGAAUAAUGACCCGAAUUGGUGGUUAGAUCAGAAGGUCAAGAGAACGUAAUAAUAGUUUGUCGGACUUAGACUCAAAGGUAAAUGGCGUGAAGUUUUUGUCAGUUGGACGGUUAGACAUGAGGAAGUGCUGUAGGUGAAACGUGUAGGACAUUUUAGACUUGGCGGAUAGCUAGUCUGGAGUUUCCCACUGUCCCAUUACGACCUCACUGAGACAUCUACUUGACAAAAUCAACAUAGAACAUCAGUAAGUUGCUACUUCGGAUUAAGAUGCAAAGAGGAAGUUGACAGAAAUGUAGAAGACGGGAUAAUAAAUAAAGGAUAGUGGAAAUGUUUGGAGUGAACAUACCUACACCAUUGUAAUCAACUUUCGGCCGUAUUACCAAGCGUUUGUUUUGACAAUGUCAUUGUGCAUUCAUAAAACUAGUUUCAAGUUCUGAGUCGAUUAGAUUUACUGGUCUCGCAAACAAGCACUGAAAUUCUAAUGACACAUUUCAAAGGCCAUAAGGGAGUAUGUAGUAACUGAACUCAGCGUUCCUGUCAAAAAUCCGAGGAUUAGAUGGCUUUUAGCUUGUGUUGGCUGCGUAGUUAUCAAUGAGGUAAGCCUUAAUAGCAGCUUUUAUUCUUGUUCGUAGUUACGACUGUUCUUUGUAGUGACUUGUGGAAUGCUUAUCAACUUGGUCUCAGACAUUCACUAUAGUUAUCCAUCCAGGGGUAGUAUCGAUCUGUUUACUAUCAUAGCAUGGUGAACAAAUGUGACCUUAAACUGGUUGGUAAGGAUUUGUGUGGUUACUCCUUUAAUCUUCGUGUCACCUUUCAUUAUCUCACUAUAAAAUGCU